GGGCGUUCGGACUGCGCGCAUUCUCGUUGUCUCUCGCGCGGUCACUUGUCACAACACCUCCGACAACGGCCAGAGUUCGAAAUUUAAAUUUAAAAAAUGUGCAACCUACCAUGAAUGUUAGUAACAAUUAAACACAAACUGAUUUUGUCUUUAAUUUUCGUUAUGUUCACGAACGAUUAAGAUGUGUAAAAUUAUGUGAGUGAGAAAAACGAUAGUGAAAUGAUGUACCUUAGAAUUGUGUUGAUUUAGCGUAGUGAAGUGAACUUUAUAAGUCAGGAUGACAAUGAAAUCGCUGAAGUACAGUGAGCGCGAGGACAUGAUGGAGGGGUUCAGCCCCGUUCCACCUCCACUACCUCGUCGACAACCAGUACGAAAUAUAUACGCUGAGCCCUUCGUAGACCCUAGGUACACGUCACCGGGCGUGACUAACGAAUGGCUCGCCCUACAGACCCUAAAUUCUGAGUCAUUGGGCGGCGCCGCGAUGUCGAGCGGCAUGGGUGGUGGGACUUUAGGCAGCGGACACUGUCAGCUAGCGAACCAGCCUCUGGUAAUGCCGGUGUUUCCGCUACGGGCGAGCCAGCCGAGUCCUGUUCCUGUGUAUUCUCCGUCUCGCUUUCACAUAGACAAGAGAUGUCAGCAUCGAUGCACGUGGAAGUGCCUCGCGAUAGCCAUGAUCUGCUUAUGCGUCAUACUUGCAGCGAUGCUUGCCUACUUUAUAGCUCUAUCGUCAAUUAAAAGUAAUAUAGACAAUUCAAACUGCAUUCUGGUACAAGAUGUGAAAGCAGUGACACACGCACAGGGAAUCAGAGAUUCAUUAUCUACUUCGUCGCCAUCAGAUGAAUCAUUGUCAACUUCUUCAUUGGGUGGAUGGUCCACAACAGCAGAGUCAGCACUCGAAUCAGCUAUUAUACCUCAACAAGCACAACAAGCCGCUCCUCCGCCAUGGUCUCCAGCAUUAGAAGUGCGAGAAUUCGAUGAAUUGCAUAGUGCCACAAUACCCGCCUAUCAGUUUUGGAGUUCAGAAUUUAGGAACAAACAGCCUGCCUACGUUAGUCUAAAUUUUACUGUACCUUGGGGAGCUAAUUUUGCCGUUUACGGCAGACGAAAUGUAGCACCUAGUGUUACACAAUAUGAUUUUGUCGAAUUUAUACGCGGUGGCAGGGUAGACCAUAGAUUUAGAAGAAGGAGAAGUCCAUAUGUACCAGAACCACAAGAACAAAAACUAAACGACUGGGAGGCAUUACUGAGCACGAUCAAUCCGUAUCAUAAAUGGAAUCACACUAUAAAUAAGAGAUCAACUGAUAUGAGAGUCAACGUCAGUAUUCUGCAGUAUUUAGAUACAGGCCGAUGGUUUAUAUCUCUAUAUAAUGAUGAGCUACAACCGCAUCAUGUAGAAAUGAUAGUUUCUGAAGCGGAAGGAGUAACAAAUUCUUGUCCCGAUGACUGCUCUAAUCAUGGAUCAUGUUACUUAGGAAAAUGCGAAUGUAGAGAUGGUUAUGAGGGACACGACUGUUCUAAAAGUGUUUGUCCAGUAUUGUGUUCAGGACACGGUACUUAUGCCGGUGGAAUAUGUCAUUGUUCCGAAGGUUGGAAAGGUUCAGAAUGUGAUAUACCAGCUCAUGAUUGCGAACCUGCAGAUUGUUCUGGACGUGGACAAUGCAUAGCUGGUUUAUGCCAUUGCAAAGCUGGCUGGAAAGGGCCCAAGUGUGAUGAAGAGGAUUGCCUGGAUCCGACUUGUGGAGGUCAUGGUUCGUGUGUUCGCGGUCGGUGUGUAUGCCGUGCAGGAUGGCGUGGCGCUGCUUGUACUGAGCGAGAUGCGCGUGUUCAACGCUGCCUCCCAGCCUGUUCGCAACGUGGAAUUUAUGACCUCGAUGCGGGGAGAUGCGUCUGUGAUCCACUUUAUACAGGCGACGAUUGUUCACAAGUUGUCUGUUCUCUGGACUGCGGUCCUCAUGGAGUCUGCGCUGAAGGUGUAUGCCGAUGCGACGAAGGAUGGACUGGAGCAAUUUGUGAUCAAAGGCCCUGUGACUCCCGCUGCCAUGAGCACGGUCAAUGCAAGAACGGAACUUGUGUUUGCACUCAAGGCUGGAACGGUCGACAUUGUACUUUGCCGGGUUGUCCAAAUGGAUGUUCACGUCACGGUCAAUGUCUGCUGGAAGAUGGCGUCUACCGCUGCUCCUGUGCUGAAGGUUGGGCUGGAAGUGAUUGCUCAAUCGCUCUCGAACUUUCGUGCAACGACAACGAAGACAACGAUGAAGAUGGCAUGACGGACUGCUCGGACUCUGAAUGCUGUAGCCGACCGGAGUGUGCUGAACAUAUCAUGUGCCUAGCCUCCAACGACCCCGUAGAAGUUCUGCUACGAAAGCAACCUCCAUCUGUCACGGCCUCCUUCUAUCAACGAGUUAAGUUCCUCAUCGAAGAAAAUUCGGUGCAGAGCUACGCACACAUGGACGAAUACUCCGAAAGCGAGUUCUGGAAUUCCUUUACACCAUGCCGAGUGUCGGUGAUGCGAGGGCAGGUGGUGUCACCUCAAGGACUCGGCAUAAUUGGCAUCAGGGUCUCCGUGGAUCGAGAGGCUCGCUUCGGAUUUACCCUCACAAGACAGGGCGGAUGGUUCGACGUACUUGUGAACGGGGGAGGAGCAGUGACCCUGCAGUUCCAGCGAUCUCCUUUCAAGCCUCUUCGGAAGACUGUGUUCGUUCCAUGGAACCAAAUAGUCGUAUUGCCACCAGUGCAAAUGGAACUCAGUGACGACAAUGUCAAAGUACCGACACCAAGGGCUCCUCCGCGUAUCGACUGGUCUCCAAGUCCUCAAUGGUGGGAAGUCGAGUCACCACCGUGUGCAGCACAUGACCACGAGCGACUCAGACCUGAAGUGGUAGCCGUACCACCACUGGCAGCACCAGCUGCAUCUUCAGCAACGACUACCACCGUUAUUUAUCCGGAGGCGCAGAUCGUGAGCGAGUCUAUUGGAAUUCCUGGUUCGUCAGUUAAAUUGACAUACAGAUCUUCUCAAGCUGCGGGCUAUCUAUCUUGUGUCCAUAUCCAACUAACUCGCCGAAUAGUACCUGCGGCUCUCUCAAGAGUACACGUCAGAGUUGAAAUCGAAGGAUCUUUACACACGCAGACUUAUGAAGCGGACCCGGACCUAACUCAUGUUUUCGCUUGGAGCAAAAGAAAUGUUUAUAAGCAAAAGGUGUAUGGUCAGGCACAAGCUAAGAUUUCAAUCGGCUAUGAAUAUUCAUCUUGCGCCUCGAUAGUGUGGGAAACACAAACGGCUACUCUUGCUGGAUUUGGUGUUGAUAUUUCGGAUAUUGGAGGAUGGGGUCUAGACAUACAUCACCAUUAUAACUUCCACGAAGGCAUACUACAAAAGGGAGAUGGUGCCUUACUCCACUUAAAGCAAUACCCUAGAACUGUACAGGUGGUAAUGGGCACUGGACUGCAACGUGCUUUAGAUUGUCCAGAUCACUGUAACGGUAAAGCGGCCGAUUCGCGUUUACUGACUCCCACGGCUCUAACGUCUGGACCUGAUGGUUCUUUGUACGUUGGUGAUUUUAACCUUGUACGACGCAUCACCCCUGAAGGUGUUGUUAUAACUGUUCUUAAGUUAGAAACCACCCAAAUGGCUUACCAAUACUAUAUCUGUAUAUCACCAGCUGACGGCUACCUAUACAUAUCAGACUCAGAAAGACACCAAGUCCGAAGGGUUCUUGCAUUAGAAAAAGUUCGAGAUCCAUCCGUUAAUUCCGAACCAGUUGUUGGCAAUGGUGAUAGAUGUGUGCCAGGCGAUGAUUCUAACUGCGGUGAUGAAGGUCCUGCUAUAAAGGCAAAGCUGGCGCAUCCUAAAGGGCUAGCGAUAGCGGCUGAUAGAACAAUGUACAUCGCAGAUGGAACAAACAUAAGAGCUGUGGAUCCAAAUGGCAUCAUUCACACAUUAGUCGGCCACCACGGUCAUCACAACCAUUGGUCUCCUGUUCCAUGUCGAGGAGCUAUACCACCCUAUGAAGCACAAUUACAAUGGCCAACUGGUGUGGCCUUAUCUCCACUUGACGGAUCUUUAUACUUUAUUGAUGAUAGAAUAAUAUUGAAAUUGACCGUUGAUAUGAAAAUCAAAGUAAUAGCUGGUCAACCAUCUCAUUGUCGUUUAACAAGUGAUGGCAAACCAAUAACUAAAGCAACGAAUAAAACGAACACUGAAUUUAAGGAAGACUCCAAUCUCGGUACAAUUUUAGCUAUUGCUUUUGCACCUAGUGGAAUUUUAUAUGUUGCGGAAUCUGACUCCAAGAAAACAAAUACUAUAAAAACGAUUGAUCCGUCCGGUAAAAUAAUGCACUUUGCUGGAAAAUUACCGGAAAAUCUGAAGGAAUUAAGUUGUGAGUGCAAUAUGACGAUGUCAGCUACCGCUGUUCCAUUGAACAAUAGAGACGAAGGGGCCGGUUGCCCUUGCCGUUUAAGUGUUGCUGCUGGAGACGAACCCCCGACGAGCACUGAAACACUACUAUCUUCUAAUGCAAAAUUCCAAACAAUAUCGGCUUUAGCUGUUACCCCUGAUGGAGUUCUUAACGUCGUUGAUCAAGGCUCUCUUCAUAUUCUAGCACUAAGACAUUAUCUACCUUCUCAUGACGAGAAUGGUGAAUUUAGAAUUCCCUAUCCACCGACUUCCGAGAUUUAUGUGUUUAAUCGUUACGGACAACACAUUACAACUAAAGACCUAACAUCGAGUAAAACAAGAUACUCAUUUUUAUAUUCGAAAAACACUAGUUUCGGUAAACUAUCAACGGUAACAGAUGCUUCAGGAAAUAAAAUACAAUUACUCCGCGAUUAUAGCAACGUUGUUAGUUCUAUAGAGAACACACAAGACCACAAACUUGAACUAAAGAUAUCUGGAAUCGGGUAUCUCACCAAAAUAGCCGAAAAGGGCACUUCAGAUAUGGAAUUUGAUUAUGAUACUAGUACGGGACUACUCAACAGCAGAUCGGGGGCUGGAGAAACUGUUAUUUAUAACUACGACGAACUUGGAAGAGUAACUAAAAUAAUAAUGCCUUCUGGUGAACAAGUUCUUAUAACUUCGGGACUAGCAAAGAAUUAUGGAUUAGCGGUUACUGUAUCUAAUCCCGCUAGCUCAAUACCUAUUGGCGUUGCUAAGAAAUGCGAAUAUAUCUUACAUGGUCAAUCCUUUAAACAAAUCACAAUCAAUAACGGCAAACAAAUAACUGAAGGGCGCAUUUUCACGAACAAUACUUUAGUUCUUGAUACGCCGUGGUCUGGUAAACUUGAGAGUAUCGCAGCAGCCAAACAUCCUUUAUUGGAAGCUGCUUUACCUAUCGAAGCAGAAAUGCUUCAUAUGUGGUCACAUCAAACCACUACCUUCGGUGAUGGACUAACUAAUAACAUGUAUUCUCUCUAUACAUUAGUUGGCGAUGUACGUAAUCCACAACAGACAUUGAAUCGAGAGAUUUGGGUAAAUGACUCUCGAGUUUUAAUAAUCGAAUUUGAUCAAUUCAAGAGCAAAGAAACAUUUUUCAAUACAGACAGAAACCUGCUUUUUACUAUCUCGUACGAUGUCGCCGGAUUGCCAUUAUCAUUUAAUCCCCAUGGCGCUGGUAUGCCUCUAAAUAUUUCAUAUGACCGAUUUUAUAGAAUCAACGGAUGGAAGUGGGGUGAAAGUGAAGAAACAUAUAGCUAUGAUCCUCAUGGAAUGCUCUCAGAAAUAUCGAGCCCGCAAGAUGGUACCAAAUUUAUUUAUUAUAACGAAGGCAAUCUUGUCUCCAAAAUAACUUUGGCCAGUCAACGCAGUUUUAAGUACACCUACGAUAAGGAAGGCGGACUCACUCACGUGAUCUUACCUUCUGGAAGCAACCACACAUUUAGCGUACAACCAUCUAUAGGAUUUCUGAGAGUAACAUAUACACCUUCUGGUUCAUCAAAGAAAUAUUUGCAGCAUUAUUCACACACAGGCGAACUCCUACAAACUGUUUUCCCGGGUGACGGAGCCAGAGUUGUAUAUCGUUAUUUCACUACAAACAAAGUUUCUGAAGUUAUUCACGGUGACGGACAAACUCAAAUACAUUAUUCAGAAAACAGUGGUCUUCCAUCAGAAAUUUUACAUGUUGAUCGUGACGUAGAUUAUCGUUGGGAAUUUACCUACAUAGGAGGACUACUGACAGAAGAAAGAUUAGAUUAUGGAGCGAAAACCGGCCUCAGCAAUGCAAAAAUAAUUUAUGAAUAUGACAACAACUAUAGAAUAACUUCUGUGCAAGGACGUAUUGGCGGUCAAACAUUAAUACCGUAUCACAUUGUAUACAACAGCAAAACCGGUGCUCCAGAAAUAUUAGGUCAAUUUACUGUUUCUAAACAAAGAUGGAACGAGACGUCAGUGUAUGAUGGGAUAGCGAUGUUCUCACGUGUUUUAAAUGACCAGUUCUUGGAAAAAGAAGUAUCUGUUAAUAUUCAUAGAAUGGAAGUGUUCAGAAUGGAAUUUUCAUAUGAUAGACAUGGACGAAUUUCUCAAACGCGUACUCACACUAGAAACGUGGGAGUUAAUACAUACACCAACGUUAAGAACUAUACAUGGGACUGUGAUGGUCAACUAACUGGAGUUGAAGCCCAGGAACCUUGGGGAUUCAGAUACGAUGAUAAUGGAAAUAUGUUAUCUUUGACGUACAGAGGAAACACUAUCCCUAUGGAAUACAACGACAUGGACCGUAUUAUCAAAUUCGGCGAGGGACAAUACAGAUAUGACAGUCGUGGCCUCGUAUCUCAAAACGCCAGGGAGGAACGCUUCCAAUACAAUUCAAAGGGUUUGUUGAUUAGGGCAACGAAGCGAGGAAGAUUUGAUGUUCGAUAUUACUAUGAUCAUUUGGAUAGACUUUCAACAAGAAAAGACAACUUCGGUAAUGUUACACAAUUCUUCUACACGAACAAAGAAAAACCUCACGAAGUAAGCCAUAUUUACUCUCCGAGAGAAAAUCGUUUUAUGACAUUGGUUUACGAUGACAGAGGACAUUUAAUCUAUACACAGGUUGCGCGUCAUAAAUAUUACAUUGCAACUGACCAAUGUGGAACACCAGUCAUGGUAUUCAAUCAGUACGGCGAAGGAAUAAGAGAAAUUAUGAGAUCACCAUACGGGCACAUAGUUUACGAUUCCAAUCCUUAUCUAUAUUUACCCGUUGACUUUUGUGGAGGAUUGUUGGAUCAAGUAACUUCAUUAGUACACAUGGCCAACGGAAAAGUAUACGAUCCGCUUAUUGGGCAGUGGAUGUCUCCGCUGUGGGAAAAUUUAAUAGAAAGGAUUCACAACCCAACUGAACUACAUUUAUACAGAUUUAAUGGAAAUGACCCAAUCAACGUUAGGCCGCAAUUUAAGAAGCCAACAGAUCACUUGUCAUGGUUAAAACUACUGGGCUAUGAGACUAAAAGCUUGGCUCCUCAAUUGUAUCCAGAUGAACUUCCCGGUGGAUCAGUACUACCCAGUAUUCCGCAAGGGCGACCUGUCUGGGGUACUGCGCCUACUGCAAGCAGUCCUGGUCUUCCAUCUGGAAUGUCGUUGCUUCCUAGUGUGACAAUUGAAUCUGGAUUCCUAUCUCACAUGUCAAAUAAAAGAAUAGCAGACUUCAGAAGUUUAUCGAUUCCAGCUAUGUCUGCCUUGAAAACAGAUGCGCUCGAUCUGGCUCCAAAACGCAUCGGCUCCGAUUCUGAGCCACCCUUCGGAAGAGGUAUUCUGGUGUCUCGAAACUCCCGAGGAAGGGCUGUCGUCACCGCCGUUCCAUCCGCCAACGCCAUCUACCGCGAUGUUUAUACAUCUGUUUUCAAUCGAUCACAUCUUUUACCGUUCUCUUUUGUCGUUCAUGGCGACCAACAGGACGUAUUUUACUUUGUUAAGGAAGAAACGUGGCGCGCCGCUGACGACAAACAACAACUUAAACGUAUGCAGGGCAAGUUAAAUGUUACAUUCCACGAGGUGUCUGAAGGAGGACGCUCAUAUGCAGACGUUAAGAUUCACGGACAAACCAGUAUUGUAAAUCUUCGUUAUGGAACGAGCGCCGAGAGAGAGAGACAGCGGUUGCUGCAUCACGCUCGGGCGGCCGCGGUGCGCAAGGCGUGGCAUCGUGAGCGUGAAGCCCUACGAAGCGGAAUGGGCGGCUCUUUUGAAUGGUCUGCUGCCGAACUGGAUGAGAUCCAGAAAUCUGGUUCAGUAUCUGGCUACGAGGGAGAAUACGUCCACGACGUUGCGAGAUAUCCAGAAUUAGCCGAGGACCCCUACAAUAUUAGAUUCGUCAAGAAACGAUCAGACCGAGCCGAACGCCGUCGACGGAAGCGCGAGGAUUGUCGAGCGCCCUGGUGGCUCGCCUGGGACGAUCUCUGCUAGUGAUGUGCCGCCAUCCAUAUGCCAAAUGAUGUUAGCGUGAUUGUGGUGAACAAAACGUGUGAGUGAACGGUGACGAAUGACCGCGCGGGUACCUGUGUAAAUGUAUUUUGUAAAUAGUCUCUAUUAAUUGUUAUUUGUUGAUGUAUGUACGGUAGACGCGAAUCCCUAUCGCUGUGUAAAUAAUAUAUUUAAUUUGCAGGGAGAGAAUGGACCUUUUGAGAGGACUGAUAUUAAAAAUAAAUGUAAUGUAUGUAUAAAUAAGACGAUUUAUGUGAAUAUAAAAAUUAUUUAUACUUAUUUAUCGUAAAAAGCUUCGAUUGUGUCCAAUGUUCUUAUAAUAAAAUUAGAUGAUGAAACUAUUUGAAGAAUAAAAAGGCAUACUUUU